UCCUUUGGGCGUUUAUUUUGAAAAUGGUGACCGGAAGACGUGUUACUGAUGUUGACACUUGCUAUAAAAAGCUCCUGGGCUCAUUCAUUCAUCAAAAACUGGCAACCGCUCUGCUGCCUCUUCAUCCAAACUCACAGUCCACGUUCAGAGCGAAGCAGCAGCGACUGCUCGCUCGUGUCAGCUUUCCAUGAGGAAGUCGAUUGAGGCUUCCAGCAUUAGAUCAUACAUGAGACGUGGCUCAUGACACAUAACUUCUCCAACCGAAAUGCCACUUUCAGUUUAGGAAACAGUCACGAGUUUUUCAGUGUGAGUGGGUAAAUGGCGAGAGAUACAGCCGAGGCUACAACCCUUUCGCUUUAACGGUAAAUGAAGACGGGGGGAAAGUUGAGCGCGUUUCAAUGGGCUCCAGCUCGGUAAUCCCGGAAUGAAAACACAGUCGGUGCAGACAGGAGCUGUUGGAGUGUGGGGGGAGUGAAUUAGACCCGUUACCCCCGGUGGAAGUGGUGUUUUUUGUCUUCUAUAGCGGUUCAACCCGGCUUGACACGGCGUAGCUGUUGCCUGCUGAAUAAUAGGGUUAUAUGUGGUCAGGUUUUACAGCGGCACGAGCCCCCCUUUCGAGUUACGUCAGGGAGGAAAAGGAAAAAAGCUUCACCUUAACAGCACUCUACCAACUCUCUUCCAGGCUCCCGGGUUAUAGUGCCGUACGGGACUGAUGGUGCAACGAGGGGAGGAGAGAAGACAGAGCCACAGAGGAUUUAGUCUCUGAGAACGCCCUGAACAGUGAGUUAGCAUCAUCUCAAAGAGAAACAUGCACCUACAAUGUGGUCGUUAAAUAUAAAUGGUUGAGAUUCUGAUCUGUGAAAAAUGAGUUGGAUGCUCUCCAUCUGGGUGGCGGCGGCCCUGCUGGCUCUCUGUAAGGGACAAAACACUGUGCAUGAAGGAAAUAGCCUGUCUGCAUCUGGCUACCAUCUGUGUAUCAACAAUGAGACGAGGAAUGUGAGUUUCCUUGUGGUGCACACAGUCUCCGAUACUGUGACAAAGAAAUGUGGCGACUGGCUUCUCUGGAGGACGUGCACAGUCACAGUUUACAAGAUGACCUACAAGACUGAGUACAAGACAGUGACGGAGCAGGUGACCAGAUGCUGCAACGGCUACGAACAAGUCGGCCGUUACUGUGCCCUGCCUGUAAACAGGAGUGUUGAGUUCACUGCCAAGCCAGGAUCCUGUCCAACUGCGGAUGGAUUGCAUCCCAGAUAUGAGGACUGCGAGUGGGACAUAGACUGCCCAGGCCAGCUGAAAUGCUGCCAGACUUUGCGUGGCUUUCUCUGCAUUGAUCCUGCAAGCUCAGCAAAUUAUUCAGAGAAUGGAGGAUGCCGUUUUAACGCAACUGUGACAGUGAAGACAGAUUACCAGCAACUGAUGUCCAGUGAAAGGGGACAUCUGAAUCAUAUAAGACUGCUACAAGCAAUGGUGACUGGAGCUCUGCAGUCUGAUGUCUCAGUGUAUUACCUCAGCUCGCAGCCUGUGCAUCCCUACAGAAGUGCCACCUCACUGCUGAUUGAAUCCAACUGUACUCUGUCUCUGUACAAUGUCACGUCAAAGCUGCAUCUUCUCCUCAAACACAUACAGGAAGUGUCGUCUGUAACCGUGGAAGAUAUAGAUGAGUGUGCAGAGCCUGCUCUCCGUCAGUGUUCCCCUCAUGCAGAUUGCAACAACACAAUGGGCUCCUACCACUGUGCUUGCCACCAAGGAUAUAUUGACGUUGACCCCAAUAACCCUGGAGCCCAUUGCACAGCUGACGUCAUGGUGGCGACAACCACAGAGCCCCCUUUUACCUACCUUCCACCCAUGACCACAACCUGCCCCCCAGCAUUCACCACUGAGACCAGCAUGACUACAGCUCUGAGUAAUACAAGCCCUGUCCCUUAUAAUAAUUCAUCACAUGCUCCGCAGUGGACAACUUCUGCACCAUAUAGCAGCAUGAGCUCAACUGUAGAGUCACCUCUGCCGACAACCACAUGCUCUCCUCCCAGCAUCACCAGCGUAUGGGCGGCUAACGUCACCGGAACCUCCUUUUGUGUCUACUGGUCCAGCCACUUUCAGACAAACCAGACCUACCAGGUUGUCCUGAGCAAAGGGUCAGAGGUCACUCAGUCUUGGGGAACCAGUCAGACCAUGUUGGAGGUGAGGAAUCUACAGCCUGGGGUGCUCUACAAUGUUACUGUCACGCCUCGGUCCUGUGGAGGCCAAGGAGUUGCACUUCAAAUAUCAGUCAAGACUGAUGCUCAGACUCUUGACGUCACAGUGCGACUAACCAACAUCGAGUUUACUGCUGAUCUGCAUAACACCAGUAGCCAGGCCUACGAAAACCUCACUGAGAGCAUUAGAGCGGAGAUCUACCAGUCUCUGUCUCCAGAGAUCAAGGCCCUGAUGGAUUCAGGCCAGGUCAGAAUUCAGAUCAGAGGCUUGUCGCCGGGGAGCGUGGUGGUCAUCUUUUCCAUCAUCUCCACCCCGAGUCAAAGCCAAGACAUCAGUAAUGUGUCGACGGCUGUGCUGAACUCCCUGAUAAACAUCACCAAAUAUACUGUGGAUAGAAACAGCACAAGCACAACUGAUUUUAACGAAUGUGCUUCAGGGGAAAAUGACUGUUCGCUGUCAGCUACAUGUACAAACACCUGGGCCUCCUACACAUGUGUUUGCCAGGAUGGAUUCAUAGACAACAACCCAGAAAGGCCUGGACGAGCCUGUCAGGCAAUUGCAACAACCACUACUGCCCCUACAACCACCACGACUGCCCUUACAACCACCAUGACUCCCCCUACAACCACCAUGACUGCCCCUACUACCACCACCACUGCUCUUACAACCACCGCGACUGCCCCUACAACCAUCAUGACUGCCCCAACAACCACUGCUGCCCCUACAAUCGUGGCUGCCCCUACAUCCACCAUGACUGCCACUGCAACCACCAUUUCUGCCCCUACAACCAUUGCUGCCUCUGCAGUUACCGCUACUGCCCCAACAACCACCAUUACCGUCACUACAACCACUGCUACUGCCCCAACAACCACGACUGCACCAACAAUAACUGCUGCCCCUGCAAUCACCACUACUGCCUCACCAACCGCCACAACUGCACUAACAACCACCACUGCUGCCCCAACAACCACCACUACUGCGUCAACAAUCACUGCUGCCCCUGCAACCAUCACUACUGCCUCAACAACCAUCACUGCUGCCCCAACAACCACCACUACUGCGUCAACAAUCACUGCUGCCCCAACAACCACUACUUCCCCAACAACCACCACUGCUGCCCUAACAACCACUACUUCCCCAACAACCACCACUGCUGCCCCAACAACCACCACUACUGCGUCAACAAUCACUGCUGCCCCUGCAAUCAUCACUACUGCCUCAACAACCAUCACUGCUGCCCCAACAGCCACUACUUCCCCAACAACCACCACUGUUGCACCAACAACUGCCACUGCCGCAACAACCAGCGCCCCAAUAACCACUGCUACUGCACCAACAACCACCACUACUGUCCCAACAACCACCACUACUUCUACAAUAACCACUAUUCCUACAACCACCACGACUACUUCUACAACUACCACCUCUACUGCAAUGAUACCCAUGACCUCUACCCCUACAACCACUCUUACCAUACCCACUACCACCAUUACUUCUCCUACAACCAGUGGUGGUGCCGUGAGAACGGCCACCACAGCCAUCUCAGUCCAGUGCAGACUUGCUGCCAUCACUGUGACAAUUCACAGGGAUUUUCUUCAGAACAACAACAUCCGGGAGAGCACCCUAUAUUUAGGCUUGCCGGAAUGUGGCGUCAAUGGAGGCAAUGCCACCCAUGCCCAGCUGACGGUGGCAUGGAAUGAGUGUGGCACCAGCCUCGUGCAUAAUGACACCUACUACACAACAUCUGUAACCCUGUUUAACUCCAUGGACAUGUACACGUCAUCCAGUGGAGCAGUGGAGGUACCCAGAAAACGCUUGGAGGUUCCCAUCAUGUGUACCUACAUGAAGAGCAUGCUCAUCUCCGCUGACUUCGGCUCCAUGGGGUAUGACAUGAUCCAAGACCUCAUCAUGGGCUCUGGGUCGUUCCAGGUGACAGUGCAGCUGAUGAACGGCACAAUGCCUCUACCCCACAACUACAGUCUGUCGUCCAAGGAGACUGUGGUGGUGGAGGUCAGCGUCAACACCUCCUCAGACCAGAUUAAAGUGGUCAUCAACAAAUGUUGGGCCACUCCCACCCAAAACCCUGCGGACACCCCCAGCGAAACCUUCCUGGAGAACAGCUGUUCUUUGAACCAAUAUACCACAGUGCUGAUGAACGGGAACUCCAGCACUUCACGUGUGUCUGUGCAGAUAUUCUCAGUUGUCGACAUGGAUGUGAUUUAUCUGCAUUGCCAGGUCCAGAUCUGUGUGGAGAUUGGAUCGGAUACCUGUGUGCCUGACUGUCUACAAAGAACAUCUCGGUCUUCGCAUACAAUCGGAUCGACUCUUAGGACCUACGGGCCUGUGUGGAGGUCAGGUGAAGACUCCUUGGAAGAGGGUUACACCACUCUUCACAUAGUUGGACUCUCCUGUCUCGGAAUCGGCCUGUCGCUCUUAUUCAUCAUUGGUUUCCUCUGCCUUUUCUACUACCAGAGGAACCGCAUUGGAAACUACAACUUCAACGCCAAACCCAAGCAGGAGAACUUCACCUACCUUGUCUUUAACACCUAGGGGUGCAGCAGAUACAUUUAGUAGGCUAUUACAGUACAGCUGCCACCGGGUGGCACUGUUGCACCACUCACAUUUUAGUUCUCACCAAACACUACAAAUCUUUGCACAUUAAACAAUGAAGGAAGUACAGAUUAUAUUUAUUUUUCACCUUCUCCAUUGACAUAUAUAUAUAUAUAUAAGACUUUAAAAUGAUAGAGUAGUUUCAUACAGAUUACACAUAUUUCCUGAAUGUUUAACUUUAAAGGUUCAGUGUGUAGGAUUUAAAGGGCUAUAUUGGCAGAAAUGGAAUAUAAUAUAAUAAGCAUGUUUUAUUUGGUGAAUAAUCACAGUAAAAUAAGAAUCGUACAGUUUUUGUUGCCUUACAAUGAGCUGUUUAUAUCUGUAAAGGGAGCGGGUCCACUGCCACGGAGAUUGCCAUGUUGCACCCCCAUACAGUAGCUCAGAUAGGGCCAUUUGUGUUUUCGCAUCAGCCACUGUAGUUUGCACCCCCUCUGCAACAAGAGGAUCGGGAAAAACAGAUUUGUUUUUUUUAAGAUGAAACUGCUUUAUUCAGUGUUUUUACCGGUUUAAACCACCUGGUUGCUUAAUUUAGAGAUGAGGAGACCUCUGCAGAUAAUUCAGCUCCCUUUAAAAUCUCCUGAACUUCUGGAUUUUAAGUCAUCAGAGAUAAAAGCUGAGCACACAUCAGCAUACGAGAAACACCAAACUCUUUUACACUGCCUGUUCAAGGCAGCAAUAUUGCGCUGUUUUGCUGCCUCGCCGAGCUGUAUAUAAGGUAGAACUGCAGAAUGGGGGAAAAGAAUUGUCUUGCCUUCAAGCCACCAUGGGGGGGAGUGAAAGUGCUGAAACGGUGUCUGUAUAUCUCACUGGUUUUAAUCACCUGGUUUGUUUGUUUUGGAGAGGAAGAGAAGUCUACAGAUAAUUCGGCUCCCGGUAAAAACCUCCUGAACAAUAAACACUCCAAAAAAUUCUAACCAGGAGAAGUUUCAGCUGGCUGCAAUCUGCAAUUCUCUCUCCGCUAGAUGCCACUGAAUCCCCCUAAAUCUUACACACUGAACCUUUAAAGAAUAGAUAGAUAGAUAUGCCUUGUUAAGAUAAGAAAUGUCUGUGAAUAACAUUUUAAGCUACAUUUGGCCCUCAGCCUAGACAAAGAGGCAUGAGGCAUGAUGAUACUGGAGAGAAAAUGUAAAUUUUCAUAUUUAGAUACUGAUAAUACCCAUUGAGUACAGAGAAUAUCUCACUCUAUCACAUCUACUUCACAUCAAAAAUUGUAAUGUAAUGAGUUUGCACUGAACUGCAUUGCAUAUCUUUGUAUAAGUUAUCAUGUCGUCAAAUGUGCUUAAUUUAUUGUGCAGUACUGGUCAAGCACAGUUCUCACUUUAUUUUCUUUUAGCUGCUAUUUUUCUACAAUAACACAUUAUGUAUUUGUACUGUUUGUUACACAUUUUAUUGUCACUUAUAUGAUCUCUCUGCUGUAAGUGGUAUAACAA